AUGGCAGAGAACAUAAGACUGAAGAGGGCAGGCGCCAGCACGCAUCCCUGCUUCACUCCGUUGGUCAAUGUGAAUGCCUCUGAGACAGCUCCUUUGGGUCGUGACUCGCGCCAUCAUUCCGUCGUGCAGCUGACGCACCAUCUGAUUCAAACGUUCCGGACAGCCGAAUUUCUACAUGAUCUUCCACAGUCCUUCACAAUUCACCGUGUCGAAGGCUUUCGUCAGGUCCACGAAGUUAGAGUACAGGUGGAUCCGCAUCUCCUGGCACUUCUCCUGAAGUUGACGGGCGGCGAAGAUCAUAUCCGUGGUCCCACAAAUACGACGGAAGACGCACUGGCUUUCCUGCAGAAGGUCCAGUUCCAGAUGGUUAUUGACGCGGUUGAAAAGUAUGCGAGCGGUUGA